ACGUGUCACGUUGAAGACGAAAAUACCACAAAAUAAAUAAUACGCGGAAAAUGUGUAUUUAAAUUUAAAAUAAAAUACAACGAAAGUGUCGAUACAGAAUAAAUAAAAACAUGAAUUUGUUGCAAUUUCUAGCAAUACUAUACUUAAUACUAAGUAAAAUAAAUUGCACUAUACUACAGCAAACAAAUCACACAAAAUUAAAAUUAGCUAAAAGUUCUAAUAGUGAAAACAACGAAAGAGAAGAAAUACAUUUUAAUAAUAUAUCGCAUGAAAACAGUGAUGAAUUGGAGAGAUAUCUAUUAAAUUAUUGUAAAGAUGAGGAAUAUUUGCAUAAAUUUAUAAGUCAUGACAAUAAGACCCAAAUGAUAUGGGUCACUUGGAAUCGUACGAAAGCUGGUGAAAGGGCCGUCUUACCAAAUAUCUGUUCAGUUAAAAAUGGUUUACCAUUACGACGUCGUUGUUACCCUGAUUUGGUUGGUCCCAAAUGGCAAAAUUAUGAUAAUAAGACAGUGUUAAUUGAUUGUCGCAUCAGUAUGUUUUGUCAAGCCGAGUCCUUUCAACAUUAUAUUAUAGAAAAUAAUGGUGAACUGACGUUACAUCAAAAUUCUUGGAAACGAGCUAAAAUAGGAGAAUAUUCCACACUACGUGAUUUAUGUCUACAGCCAAAUGGUCUUCAUUUAACACGAAAAUGUAUUUAUGACUAUAAACUGCAAAGAGCUAAAUGGACUUCUAUAGAACAUUUAAACGAUUUUAAAUGUUUGCAGCAUACACGACAAGAGCUCAUAACCGAAGAACUAAAUAGUUUGCAUGGAAAUAUGACUACAUCAAAUUUUUUAGUACGAGAUAUGAAUACACGUCGCCACACUGCCACAAUCCUACUAAAUCUGUUGGAAAAACCUAAAGUCAAACUGCUGCCUGCAGAUGUACAAUUGACCUCAGAAAUAUUAAAAAAUAUUGUAACUGAUAACCAAGAUCUAGAAAUAUCUAGAGAUAUUUUGAAAAUAACUCAUAAUCUUAUGGCUACUGAUCCGGUAGUUUUAAGAAUGUCGGCCGAAGUAAAUGCUACCAAUUGUCUUCUAGAAACAUUUGAGAAUUAUAUGGAUGCUUUAACCGAAAGACUUGUAUCUGAUAGUCAAUGUCAAAUAACAUUACCAGCCGAUAGCCUGCCUAUAACUAACAACAAUGACACAUCCGUUGAAAUUUUAAAUUUAUCAAAUAUGGGUGUUUAUGGUCAUAUUACACGUAAUAUUAGUGUAUUUUUUGUGAAUCCCAAUUGUGCGCAUAUAUCGGGUAUUGCCAUAUAUGACUCUUAUCAAUUAAAUAAUCAGUUUGAACAACCACAGUUGCAGAAUCAAAUAUAUUAUGAUUCACUUAAUGAUUUUCAUUAUCGAUUUAUUUUUAUGAAUGAAUCAAUUAAUGACCUACUGCAAGAAACCAAUUUAGAAUUGGCUUCAUUUAUUCCUAUGGACAUGUGGUAUACUUUGCAGCAGAAGUUUUAUUCAUCAUUAUCAAAUACACGUGUUGUGGUUUUUAAAAUUUAUGCUCAUGAUGGUUUGUUUGUCGAACAGAAUUUAUUACGUUCACGAAAACCUUUUAGUAAAAUUUUAUCCAUAUCUAUACCCGGUUUUACAGAUGAACUUCCCGGACCAUUACCAUUUAUUUUACGUCAUAAAAGUCUAACGAAUAAUAUGAAAUCAUCCCUAAAUACCGGCUGUGGUUAUUGGAAUUAUAGUACCUGGACUAGCAAUGGUGUAUAUACUAACUCUUCGCAAUAUACUACAGCAUCGAGUAAUUUAAUACUAUGUUCCACCAAUCAUUUAACCCAAUUUUCUUAUUUAUUGGGUGGUGGUUUUCGACAAAAUGAUCUCACAGAUGAAAUUCUAGUAACAGCGGUACAUCAGGAGGCUUUAGAUAUUAUUUCAAUUAUAGGCUGUACCUUAUCACUGUUGGGCUUGGUGGGAAUUUGGAUUACAGCUUUGUUAUUUAAAAGUUGGCGUUCGCAGGCCUCCAAUAAAGUAUUACUCAAUAUGUGUGUGGCUCUUACCCUGCAAAUGGUAUUGUUUUUAUUUGUUAAUACCGAUGAUGUGGCUGAGGCUUUAGUGGAAAAACAUAGUUAUACUAAAUGUAUAGUAUUGGGUGCUCUGCUGCAGUAUUCGAUAUUAGUGCUAUUCACUUGGAUGUUAAUUGUAGCAUUUUUGCAAUUUCAACGUUAUGUUACGGUGAUUGGCAUACAGCGACCUAAGCAUUAUAUUAUAAAAUCGGCUAUAAUAGCUUGGGGUUUACCCUUAGUACCUACUCUAUUGGUGGCUUUAUUGGAUUCCAAGUCAUAUAUACCUAGCAAUUAUCAGCUGGCCACCGAUACCGGUAUUUGCUAUCCUUCAGGCAAUGGUCUACAUUUUGGUGUAAUAUUACCAGUCUCUCUGAUUGUAUUGGCCAAUUUAGCCAUAUUCCUUUAUGUUUUCUACAGCAUUUCUCAUACGCUCAGCAUGUCAAUGCAACGUAAUGAAAAACAAAUGGUCAUCAAACAGAUACGUCUUUCUAUUUUAUUGUUCUUCCUACUAGGACUCUCCUGGAUAUUUGGUAUAUUUGCCUUUAUGAAAGCAGGAAUAGUGUUUUCGUAUCUAUUUUGUUUAACAGCCACCAUGCAGGGCUUUGUCUUGUUUAUAUAUUUUGUGAUUAUAGAUGAGAAUGCACGUACCUCGUGGCAGAAAUUGUUGUGUCCCACAUGUGUGAAGAAAUCACGCGAGAAAAAAACUGCUGAACUGCAAUCGAUGACAACUGCAACAACAUCACUUACACAUGACAUGAGUUCUUCCAGAGAUCAUUAGACUUAGAUAGAUGCUUUUCUAUAAUUUUCAUUUAGUAUUUUUAUCCGUUCAAAAACUUUUUUGUACGGGAUUCAUUCAUUAAUUUAGUAUUACGUUUACAUGGUUUCUUUAUGUAUAUUAAUAUUAUUAUUUAUGUAUUUAUUUUAGUGUUAAAAAUUAAAUUUAACUGUAAAAAAAGGA